AUGCUCAAUCUGUUUCUUCUCGCCGUCGUACACGUUUUCGAAUUCGCGAAAGCCUCCCAAUGGACGUCAAGCGUUUAUCCAGAUCUUCGUGGUCCAACCGUUGAUCAAUGCGUGUCGAUUUUGCCUCGAAACAGACAUGAUUUGUACUUUUGCGAUCCCGAUCACAUACUCAACAACACGCAAGCAAUGCAAUUGAAUGCGCAAUUACAAGCGGUCGCUGUUGGCACUCCGUGUCAUUGUCAACGCCGAUCGCAAUGCACAACUGGAAUCGAAGGAAGAGGAAAGGAAGAGCUGCAUGGAUUCAUUGUGAGCGUCGCGAUUGUCGAGAAUCUCUAUAUGCAAAUGCAUUCUCCAAGUGACAAACAAUUAACAGAACGGGCUGAAGCGUUCUGUAGAUCACUGGAAGGACGAUGGGCGCUAGGAGAUUGUGGCAAUUCUGUCAUUAUUUUUGUGUGGCAUCACUAUAAAAAGAUGGUCAUUUGGCCGGCACGAUUAGCUGAAAAAUAUAUAACAGUAGAGGAACGGAAAAUGAUAUUGACAAAAGUUAAUGAUUAUGCGCAAACUGACGAAUGGUUCACCGCCCUUUCGACAGUUAUAAAAGAAAUUUCACAUGAACUCAAUGGUCCGCCAGAGCCAAGAUUCGAUACAGGAACUCUAUCACUUCUUCUUUCUGUUGGAGUUGCCGUUGCUCUUACAGUGUUCAUCACAUGCUGCGUCUGCGCAUUCCGAUGUUGUGGAAAUGUUCGUCAGCGAGAGAGGAGGAAAAGCGUUGAACGGGCGGUCGACAAUCUUCGAAACAGCGUUAUUCGAAGAGGUGAUCAACUCAGGAGAUCAAUCAGUCGAUCACCCAAAAUGCUGAAUCCAACAAAUGCAUUUUUCGGAGACGCCACAGCUGUCUGA